AGGGCAGGUCUGAUUGUUUUCUUGGUGGUAUAUAAGGGGUUUUAAGGAGGGUCGUGUGCCAGACACGCAGCCACUGAACCACAAGCAGCUUCGCUUUAACUGGAGUGCCUGGAGGUCGCGUGCCAGGAGCCGCACGGCCAGGGACUGACUGACAGACAGACACGCACCAUCACCACAACACACGAGACCCCGGGCGGGCUGCCGCGGUCGCCGGGGUUCUUGGCAAACUCGCCCAUCACCGAGGUCCCCUGCAGAGGCGCGCUGCUUUCCAUCCGAGCGGGGAGAUCCCUGGCACACGCCAGAGUCCCGGCGACGCUUCGGCACGCUUGGAGUGGUGGAGGAUGUUCGUCAAGUCCGAGACCUUGGAGUUGAAGGAGGAAGAGGACGUGCUGGUGUUGCUGGGCUCGGCCUCGCCAGCCUCGGCGGCGCUGACCCCGCUGUCCUCCAGCGCGGACGAGGACGACGAGGAGGAGCCGGGCGCGGCGCGGGCGCAGCUCCGGGCGGACGCCGGGCCGGGCGCGCGAGGCUGCUCGGCGUCGGGAGCCGCGGCUUGCCGGCCCGCGCGGCUGCUGGGCCUGGUCCACGAGUGUAAGCGGCGCCCGUCGCGGGCCCGGGCCGUGUCCCGCGGCGCGAAAACAGCCGAGACGGUGCAGCGCAUCAAGAAGACGCGCAGGCUGAAGGCCAACAACCGCGAGCGAAACCGCAUGCACAACCUCAACGCGGCGCUGGACGCGCUGCGCGAGGUGCUGCCCACCUUCCCCGAAGACGCCAAGCUCACCAAGAUCGAGACGCUGCGCUUCGCUCACAACUACAUCUGGGCGCUCACCGAGACCCUGCGCCUGGCGGACCACUGCGGGGCCGGCGCCGGUCUCUCGGGGGCGCUCUUCUCCGAGGCCGUGCUGCUGAGCCCGGGAGCCGGCGGCGGCGCGCAGGGCGGCAGCGCAGACAGCCCGUCGCCCUCCUCGUCCUGGAGCUGCACCGACAGCCCCUCGUCGUCGUCCUCCUCCACCUCCACCUCCCCGUACAGCUGCACUUUAUCUCCCGCUAGCCCCGCGGGCUCAGACCUGGACUACUGGCAGCCCCCGCAUCCCGACAAGCACCGCUACGCACCUCACCUCCCCCUAGCCAGAGACUGUAUCUAGUGCCGCCACCUCGGCUCCCCUCGCGGGGCGACAGCGAGUUCCCUCACCUGUUCUAUUCCCCGGCCCUCCUCCCAAGCUCCCACCCCCACUCCACAGAGCCGACGUAGCCGUGUGAUUCCUCCGUGGGUGGUGUGCAUUCCUUGGCUGUAUGGGAUCACGUCUUUCAGGCCAGCUCUGAUUUCUGGAAGGUGCGGGGGAAUUUAGGGUUAUAGUGGAUGGUGGCGUGGGACGGCGGUGAUGGUGGGCGCCUGUUGACACUCGAGCCGCCGGGAAAAGACGAGGGUGGCAUGUUUAAUGAGUUAGAAGAGCUGACUUGACGCUCCCCUCCUCUGCCUGAAACCCCCAGGAGGGAUUCCGUGCAGCUCGUGUGAAUCUUCCAGAGGGAUGCAACUGGUUCUUGUGAUCUCUUCACCCAGGCUUCUACAUAGAGAUGUUAAUGUCGGGUCGAAAGAAAUGUAUCUUAGCAUCUGAAUGAUUCCCCCCCGCCUCUUGGUAAUAAUGUUAUCCGCAGAUUUGCAAUGGCUGGCAUCUGCUUUAUUCCCAUUACUGUCUGCAGGCUGUGGGAAUUUCACCUGUCAGACCAAACUUUCCCUUUCUCAUGUGCACUUUGUCCUUCUCCCCAGAUUCGUCACAAUGCCUAUUGUCCCGUCCUUCUCUUCCCCUUUGCUUCCCUAUUUUGCCAUCUGUCUCUUAUGAUUUAUAAGGGGAAACCUUGUUUUGUUAGAGGGCCAGGUUAGAAGUCAUUGUAUAAUUUGUAGGCUUUGUAAUGAUUGAAUGCAAGCGUGGAAAUUUAGGCUGAACUCUCUAUCAAAAGGAAAAACGCGGAGGAAAAGGGAAAAAUCAGGAGGGAGGAUUGCUUCAUGCAUUAUUUAUCUCGACCUUUUAGGGGAGGAGGAACUCCCCUAUCCUUUCAAGAGAUUAAAAAUAAAUCAACAGUUUGAAAACCUGAGCAGACACGGAACAUUAUCAGGAUCAGCCACACACGUGUUCCCUUCUAUUUAUUAUAAAGAAAAUGUUCAUGGGUAAAAGUAUGUAUUUUUUGUAUAUUCUACAGAGUUUAUUCUAGUAUGUAUUUACACCUUGAAGAACAAGAAAAUUGUUUUGUGAUUAAACUAUAAAUAAAGUAUCUAAUUUUCAUAAA